AUGGAAGAAGACGAACCUACGAAAGACAUAAUCCAAGGAACCCCAAAUAACGAAAAUCAAGAGAGGACUACGAAUGUUCCCAUUGAAACAUUUUACUUUGUAAAACUAAGAAAAAAGUUUCGAAAAUGGGAGAAGCUUCAAUCUUUGUCAUAUGUAAAUUUAAUUAUUACCGCUUUGGUGUGUUUAACUUCUCUUAUAGUCGGCGUUUUUCUCCUAGUCUCUACAAAAAAUGUCGUAGAGUCAAAGGCCAGAAAUACACUUUCCGUUAUUUUUUCUGGAAUAGUGAGCACAUUUAGUCUUUCAGGAUGUCUAGCGUCUCUCAAGAACCUAAUUUUUAGAAGCAAAUUAGACACUAUGAAAAAAUUGUAUGCCGAAGAAAAUGAAUUGAAAGUUACUCGUUGCGUUAAGGAUUGGGAACCGAGGGGUGAAAAUGAAGUUCCGACUAAACCAGGACGAGACGACGAAAUAUAUAAUCGAAAAGAAUUGUACUUCAUGAGCAAACUGGCUGAAAAUAUGCGACGCAUGUUGAUAUUUCGGAUUCUAUGGGCCAUUCUAUUUUCAAUUAUUCUUACCGCGCUGGCUGGAUUUUCAAUUUAUAUCUUGCUUACCGAUGAUAAUAACGAUAUAUUUUUACUUAUUGACAAAUAUCUAAUAAUUGUUUCCUCGGUGUUUCUAUUGAUUAUUCUAAAUGUUUUCUUUUUAAUUAAGGUUAUUAUACCACGAUUGGUGUCGGAGUUAUAUGAGUAUACAUUCGAUGACAAAAUCAAAAUUUUAGAGUUAUACAAAAAAAAGAAAGAUAAAUCCACGACCUUCAAAGUUCUUUCGAUUUUGUUUGGGGUCCAAAUUUUAUCAUUGUCUUUUGCUAUUGGUAUGCUUGUGCCUAUAGGAUUUAAGAUUAGAAGAACACAAAUGACUGAAAAAGAGAUGAAUAUUAUAAUGCAACGUCUUUCCGGAAUCCCUAAAGUAACAGUAUAA